AUGAGUGAUUCUGAGUAUCAAACAUUGCUCCACCGUUAUCCUGCAUCACUUACCACAAUUCUACAUUACUCUACCAUUAUCCUAUAUUACUCCACUAUUAUCCUACAUUACUCCAUCAUUAUCCUACAUUACUCCACUAUUAUCAUUCACCAUCAUCCCACCAUAACUCAUCAUCAUCUCACUAUAAUUCACCAUCAUCCCACCAUAACUCAUCAUCAUCCCACUAUAAUUCACCAUCAUCCCACUAUAAUUCACCAUCAUCCCACCAUAACUCAUCAUCAUCUCACUAUAAUUCACCAUCAUCUCACUAUAAUUCAUCAUCAUCCCACUAUAAUUCACCAUCAUCCCACCAUAACUCAUCAUCAUCUCACUAUAAAUCAUCAUCAUCUCAAUAUAAUUCAUCAUCAUCCCACUAUAAUUCACUAUCAUCCCACCAUAACUCAUCAUCAUCGCACUAUAAAUAAUCAUCAUCUCACUAUAAUUCACCAUCAUCCCACCAUAACUCAUCAUCAUCUCACUAUAAAUCAUCAUCAUCUCACUAUAAUUCAUCAUCAUCCCACUAUAAUUCACCAUCAUCCCACCAUAACUCAUCAUCAUCUCACUAUAAUUCAUCAUCAUCCCACUAUAACUCACCAUCACCCCACCAUAACUCAUCAUCAUCUCAUUAUAAAUCAUCAUCAUCUCACUAUAAUUCACCAUCAUCCCACUAUAACUCACCAUCAUCCCACCAUAACUCACCAUCAUCCCACUAUAACUCAUCAUCAUCCCACUAUAAUUCAUCAUCAUCCCACUAUAAUUCACCAUCGUCCCACUAUAAUUUAUUAUCAUUCCACUAUAGUUCACAAUCAUCCUACAUUACUCACCAUUAUCCUGCACUAUUAA